UUCGGACAAAGUAACACAAGAAGCCAUGACGGACCAGAUCACCACCAUGGAGGGCGCGAUCCGCGCGGCGGAGCAGACGCUCGAGCACCUCUUCAACCCGAGCCUGGAGCAGGACAAGCGCAUCCCCAUCGACCUGCUGCACGAGGCCAAGGGCCUGGCCUUCCUCACGGUCGUCAAGGCCGGCUUCAUCUGGACGGGCAAGGUCGGCACGGGCGUGGUCAUCUCGAAGCUGGAGGACGGGCGCUGGUCCGCGCCGAGCGCCAUCGGCACGGCCGGCAUGGGCUUCGGCGCCGAGAUGGGCGCGCAGAUGAUCGAGUUCAUGAUCAUCCUCAACUCGGACACGGCCGUCAAGAGCUUCAUGCAGAAGGGCCAGCUGUCCGCGGGCGCCAACCUCGAGUUCGCCGCCGGCCCGUACGGCCGCGCGGCCGGCGCCAACGCCAACUUCAGCGCCUCGGGCGUCGCCCCCAACUACACGUACAGCCACAGCAAGGGUCUAUUCGGCGGCGUGGGGCUGCAGGGCUCGGGCAUCAUGGCGCGCGCGGACAUCAACAAGAAGUUCUACGGCCGCGAGAUCUCCCCCACCGAGAUCCUCACGGGCGCCGUCGACCAGCCCGCGGCUGCCUCGCAGCUAUACGACGCGCUGCAGCGCGUGGUGAGCAUCCCGCCCACGGGCAAUGUGCAGAACCUCAAGAAUAAGCUCAUGUCGCCCUUCGUGGACCGCAUGCCGGCGGCCGCCGUUGGCCCCGACGUGCAGGUCGUGUACGACCGCGUGCUGCGCCUCAUCGAGAGCAUCUCCGGCCCCGCUGGCGUGGACGAGUUCAAGACCAGCUGCAAGGACUACGGCCAGAACCGAUGCACGGACGAGCAGUUUGUCGGCUACCUGGAGAACAAGUUCACGGCGGAGCAGACGCUGGAGCUCGUGCCGGAGGUGGUCAAGCUCCUGCAGGACGCCAACAAGCGGAAAUGCAUCUGGGACUACUACCUCAAGGUUAAGGCUGAGCACGGCUCGCAGGCCCGGACGACCGGAAGCUCCUCGCCGUCGCUCUUCUAAGCUCGGCGAGCGAAUAGUUCCUCGACAGACCGAUGAAGCAUCGAAAGAAACAGAUCAAGACAGUUAGGUCGGAAGGCGUUAGCUCUAGUGCCAUUCCUGUUAUCAACCUGCGUUUAAUUAAGCUACGUCUGCGCUAGUUUGUGCUGCGUCUG